AUGGUGCUACUGAUUGUGACAAUCACAGUGGGCAAUGUGUUGUGUCUUCUGGUCUUUGUGAGGACUAAGCAGCUCAGGGCCUCUCAGGGUCUCCUGAAGAUCUCUUUAGCUUUGGCAGACCUGGCAGUUGGAGUGCUGGUAGUGCCUUAUUCUGUGUACGUGGAAGUGAUGCGUCUUCUGUAUGGACUGGAAAAUGUUUCUAGAGCUGCCGAACCAGUCAUUAAUACCCAAAUUCCUUGUUUCAUCAUGGGUCCCAUCUUCGCUGGCUGCACGUUUGUCUCCAUCUCCACCAUAUUCUUGAUGUCCGUUGAGAGGAGCAUUGCUGUACUGAGACCUCUUCAUAAGCGGGUUGUGAUUACUAGGAGAAGGACCGGGUUCCUUGCCGUGUUCUGCUGGAUCUUCAGCUUUGUUUUUGCCAUGGUGCCCAUGAUCUUCAGUCGAAACUUAACUCUGGAGUACAACACAUGUAGCAAAAUGUGCACAUAUUCCUUCAUUGCUUUGCCACCAGAGGGUCCUGCCUUGAACAUCAUGCUCAUCUUUCCGGCAUUUGACUUUUCCUUGCUAGGUGGCACCUAUGCCAUCAAUUUUAUAACUUUUGCAGCCAUUAGGCAGUAUAGCCGGGUGAGAAAGCAACUAGAGGCGGACUCUCAGAGCACAUGCAGUAAAGUUUCAUUUUCAGAUAUCACAGCGGCCAAGACCAUCGGAAUCCUCACCUUUGCUUUCUCUGCCUCCUUCGGUCCCAUUGCAGUGUUUGUGAUGGGCAAUGUCUUAGGUUAUGACUGGUGUGAGUUUUCUUUCUAUGCAUUCUGGAUCCUCACCUCCAACAGCUGUUGGAAUGUCGUCAUCUACAGCGCCCGUGACUUGAAAUUCAGGCAAGGGGUCCGCGAGCUUUUCAGCAGACAGGUGUUCAAAUCCCCAAGCCACCAGCCGAGACCUCAGUGCACCGUCAAGGAGAAUAGCUCAUCUCCUUGUGUAGCUGUUCUCAAAGAGAUUUUCUUUCCAGAAACGGCUUGA